CGCCCCGAUGGACGCCUACCUGCGCGCGUGGUCGUUCGGGAGCCCUCCGGGUGGCGUCUCCGGCGGCAGCGGCUUGCCCCAGGCCAAGGGCACUGACGAGGAGCUGGGCCUGCUGCUGACGGCGCCGGCCGCAGUGAAGCGAGAGGCGGAGGAUCUGACGGCGCGCCGCUCGCCCGAGCCGACCGAGGAGCGGCGCGCCGUCAUCGUGCAUGGCGCCAUGGAGCUGGGGCGUGACGAGCCGACCGGCAGCCCCGGCCGCUACGGCGCCGUCCAGCAGCCGGUGGCGCUGCUACACUCCGACUCGCCCAGCCCCAAGGACAUGACGGCCGUGCACUACCCGGCCCAGUACACGGGCCUGGCACCGGCGCAAGUGUUUGCCGAGCCGCUCUCGCAGUACAGCACUCUGCCGCCGUCGCCGACGGGCGGCUACGGCGGCGGCGGCGGGGCUGGCCUGCGAGCCGCGCCGUACGCCACCGAGCCCUACUACCGCGACUACUACCCGGCCGAGCAGUACGCCGCCGGCCGCGCCGCGCCGCUGUACGCCGACAGCCAGGAGGGGCACGCCCAGUUUGUGGAGCGGUACAUGAGGCCCGGGGCGUCGGCCGCGUACAAGCUGCCGGGCCAGGGCCUGACCGUGGACCUGCCCUCGCCGGACAGCGGCAUCGGGGCCGAGGCGCCCACACCACGCGACCAGGCCAGCGGUCUGCAGCAGAGCACGGCGGGGUUCGAGUACGCCGAUCUGUGCGGUCAGCCGACCCUGGUCGGCUCGGACGCCGGCCUCCUCCGCCAGCCACCCGCCUCCUCGCCAGCCCCUCCCAGGUCACGACCCUGGCACGACUUUGGCCGACAGGCUGAUGUCGACAAAAUACACAUCCCCAAAAUCUUCUCCAGCCACGGCUUCCGCUUCUUCCUGGAGACGCCGAUCUCGACGAGCCAGCGGCGGGAGGACGACCGCCUGACGUAUGUCAACAAGGGCCAGUUUUACGGCGUCACCAUGGAGUACGUGCCCGACCCGGACAAGCCGCUCAAGAACGCCACGGUCAAGAGUGUGGUGCUACUGGUGUUCCGGGAGGAGAAGACGCCAGAGGAGGAGCUGAAGGCGUGGCAGUUCUGGCACAGCCGGCAGCACAGUGUCAAGCAGCGCAUCCUCGACGUCGACACGAAGAACAGCAUAGGCCUGUUCGGUGGCAUUGACGAGAUGGCGCACAACGCCAUUGCCGUGUACUGGAACCCGCUGGAGAGCUCUGCUAAGAUCAACAUCGCUGUUCAGUGCUUGAGUACAGACUUCAGUAGCCAAAAGGGCGUCAAGGGUCUGCCACUGCACGUGCAGAUCGACACGUACGAAGACUACAGGGACCCGAACGCCCCGGUCUCGCACCGCGCCUACUGCCAGGUCAAGUCCUUCUGCGACAAGGGUGCGGAGCGGAAGACACGCGAUGAGGAGCGCCGUGCCUCCAAGCGCAAGAUGACAGCGACCGGCCGCAAGAAGAUGGAAGAGAUGUACCACGGCACUUGCGAGCGCUCUGAGUUUUACGCCAUGGCCGACACGGUGCGGCCAGCGACGCUAUUCCAGCCCAGCGACGAGCCGGACAAGAUUGGAAACAUGGAGCUGCAGAACUACUACACACAGCAGGACAGCGAAAACAGUUUGUGCGCAGAGAGGGGCGGCUCGCCCGCGGCCGCGCCGCCCCCGCCCCCCGCCGUCCCCGCCUCCCUCAAGUUUCACUACAGCUUCCCUACGAUCCCCGACGCCCCGCCCGAGUGUGAGCGGAAGGACGACGAGGGUCUGUUCUCGCCGGGUGCGAAGCGGCCGCGCCGCCUCUCGCCCCCGCCCGGCCAGCGUGUGAUGCUGUACGUGCGCCAGGAGCGCGAGGAGCUCUACACGCCGUUGCACGUGGUGCCACCUACAACGAUCGGCCUACUACACGCUAUCGAGAGCAAGUACAAAAUCAGCGCGGCCUGCGCUCAGACUCUAUGCCGGAAAAACAAAAAGGGGGUCGUGGCAACGAUGGACGACGAGAUGAUCGAGCACUACUGCAACGAGGACACGUUCCUGCUGGAGAUCCGACAGGCCGAGCAGCAGGGCGCCUACGACAUCACCCUCAUCGAAGUGGGCGACUGACGCGCCUGACUGACGCGGCGGUGGCCCGUCCGCCGCUGGCCCGUCACUGCCGACGCGCCGCAUCGGCGCUGCAGCGGCCUUGCGCGGGCGUCGGUGAGCAUUGUGAUACUGGCUCGUGUCGUCAACGAGCUGCGGCGUUGACGGAGCGCUCCUGUGGCGAGGAGGCGCGGGGCACAGUCGAGCCCUGCGCGUGCCGCCCCGACAAGGGGCGCGGGGCACAGUCGAGCCCUGCGCGUGCCGCCCCGGCGGGGGGCGCGGCUCGCCGGUGUUGGGAUCUCGUGUGGGGUGCCGCGGCCGACAGA